AUUUCACAGAAAAACUAUGAAUUCAAAACUUAAAUCUUUUAUUCCUGCAAACUUAGAAAAAAAGGACUCUAUUUCUCUCUCUUUGAGAUCUGGGCUUCUGGGAUGUGAGAGUUGAAUAGAACAGAAGAUUUCUUUUUCUCAACAAAUCUCAGGUACUUCAUCAUUAGCUCUUCCUAGCAAUCUCUCUCUCGUUCUCUAAAAUUUUGUUUAUCGUUUGUUUAUGCGAGUUUCUACUGGGACUGAAUUGAGCUGCUAUAGAAACCUUUCCUGUUUAAUUUUUGUUAAUCUUAUUUCUUUCGUAAUUUUUGAAGAAAUUGUAUGAUUAACAUUUUGAACAUUAUCAAAUAAUGACCCAAUUCAAUUCAUUCUCCGGAAUUCCCCUUUUCUAAUUUUCCCCUAAUUCUGUUUACUCAGUUGAGCAAUUAUGCAAGCAAAAUGAGUAAAAUUUGAGCUUCCAUUGUUGAUCUCUGCUCUUUCUUUUCAAAUUUGAGCAUUUUGAGAUAAUACCCGAUUGUUGCCUCUUUCUUCUGGAUAUUAUUAUGGUGAGAGAGCAAAGAGUUGAAUCUUUUUACACUCGCCUUAAAGAAUCAAUCUCUGGUUCAUCGCUGUCUCCUCUACUUAUUUUUCCCUCAACUUCUGACGUUGAUUCAUUAUGUGCUCUUAAAGUCAUUUUCCACAUCCUUGAAUCUGAUUCUGUCCGUUACUCUUGCUAUCCUGUCUCUUCUUUCCAAGAAAUUAAUAAAUAUGCAGGUUCUGAUCUUAGCUCAUCUUCAAGUGAACCCGUUUCGAUACUCUUAAUAAAUUGGGGUUGCCAGCGUGAUCUGCGACGGUUACUCAAUCUUGGCCCUCGAGCACGUGUUUUUGUAAUUGAUAGUCACCGCCCAAUUCAUUUGCAUAACCUCAGCGAGCACAAUGAUAGUGUAAUUGUGCUUUAUACUCAUGAUGAUGAACAUCAAGCUGAUUUAGCUUAUGAUUUUGAUGUUUCGGCUUUGGCAAAUGCAAGCGAGUUGAAUAGUGAUGAUGACCGUGGGGAGAGUUCAGAUAGUGAAGGAGAGGACAGUGAAAGUGAUGGAGAAGAGGAAGAAAAUGGUGGGUCAAGGAAGCGACGGAGGGUUUCUAAAGAUAACGACCCGGUUCAACUUUUCAGGAAACUGAAGAGGGAAUAUUAUCAUAUGGGUACUUUCCAUGGAAAGCCGUCAGGAUGUUUGAUGUACGAUUUAUCACAUUCCUUGAGGAAAAACACAAAUGAAUUGCUUUGGCUAGCUUGUGUUUCCCUAACUGAUCAGUUUGUUCAUGAGAGAUUAACAGAUGAGAGGUACCAAGCUGGGGUUAUGGAGCUUGAGCAACAUAUCAACAGUUCAGGGAAUCUGGAGGCUGUUUCUGUGGUGACUCUUAAAGAUGGAACAAAAAUUCGAGCCCCUGAAACAUCAAGGAUUCAAUAUGAAGAUGAACCAAGGCUUAUGUUGUUAAGGGAGUGGAAUUUGUUUGAUUCAAUGCUGUGUUCUUCAUAUAUUGCCCCAAAAUUGAAAACCUGGAGUGACAAUGGAAUGAAGAAGCUUAAGCUUCUCCUUGCAAGAAUGGGAUUUGCACUUGUGGAUUGCCAACAGAAGUUUCAGUACAUGAAUCUUGAAGUUAAACGAAAAAUGAAAGAUGAAUUUGAACGGUUUUUACCUGAAUAUGGGCUCACUGAUUUUUACUACAGGAGUUUCUUGAGGUUACAUGGAUAUAGCUCCAGGGUUUCUGCAGCAGAUGUGGUCUAUGGAGUUACUGCCUUGCUAGAGUCAUUUGUGAACUCUGAUGGCUCUUGUGCUUCUAAGCAAUUUGGAGUGGCAUAUGAUGCAUUGUCCUUAAACAAUCUUGAUAAGUUGAAAAUUGGAAUGCAACAAGCAAUCAAGGUACAACGGGCAAUUCUUAGACAAGGAAGUACAGCAAUUACAAAAAGUGGUUCUGUCAGAAGUGGAAGGAAGUUUCGAUGGGUAAAGCUUGAGGAUUCAGUGGACACAAAGCUGUUGGGAUACCCACAGGCUUUGACUAAAUUCUGUUACUUUAUUAUGGAUGCCUUGAGAGAGAAAGGAGCUAGAGCAAAGCCCUUGGUUUGUGCAUGCUUAUCACAAGAACCAAACAAGAUGUUGAUUGUUGGGGUUUGUGGAAAGCCACGACUUGGUGCAGUUCAAGGAAAUGCAUUUGGAGUUGCAUUUAGAAAUGCAGCGGAGGAGAUUGGAGCAGAGUUCUUCCAUGAGUUGUUUGAAUCUUCAUGGAUUGUUUUAGACAAAGGUGCAGUCAAUAAUUUUAUGAUCAGAUUAACUGAGAAGCUCUGAUGUAGAACUUUGUAUUCUAACUAGAUAUCUCUCAUUCUUCUUUAAUUUCCCUGUCCUCCCACACCCCCCCCCCCCAAAAAAAAAAAAAAAAAA